UUCCGGUUUGUUUGGCUUGGUCGCUGUCUUGCGCACGUGGGUUUGUGUUUUCGGCGUGUAUGGUAUCAUUUUGUGUGUACCUGUAGCCCGUUUACGAUGGGAUCCAAAAAGCGCAAGGGACGGGCUGUGAAGAACGCGCAGAAAGGAAGCGUGUCCACAGAAGCGGAGGAGCUCGUCAAAGCACCGCAUACAUUUGUGAUAUCACGAGGAAACUUGGGCAAAAAUGUGUCAGAGCUGUUGCUUAAUUUCAGGAAAGUUAUGGAGCCUUUCACUGCAUCCAGACUGAAGGUCCAGAAGCAUAACGUCGUGAAAGACUUUGUAUCCGUGGCUGGUCUGCUUCAUGUGACGCACAUGGUUGUCUUCACCAAGACUGAGCAAUCUGUGUACAUGCGAGUGGCCCGUCUUCCACGUGGACCCACGCUCACCUUCCAGGUGGAGAACUAUUCUUUGAUGAGGGACGUUCUGUCGAGCCUGAAGAAGAAGGUCACCUACAGUCACCAGUAUGCCAAUCACCCUCUCUUAGUUCUCAACAACUUCAGUGGAGAGGGCAUGCACCUCAAGCUCAUCACCUCCAUGUUUCAGAACAUGUUUCCUUCCAUCAACAUUAACACAGUCAAGCUCAACACCAUAAGACGUUGCCUUCUGCUCAACUUCCAACCGGAAACCAACACCAUUGACUUCAGGCAUUACACCAUCAAGGUAGCACCUAGCGGCAUAAGCAAGUCAAUAAAGAAGAUAGUUCAGAGCAAAGUUCCUGACCUGAGUAGCCUGACCGACAUCAGCGAAUUUGUGGACAUGCAAGGCGGCUCUGAAAGUGAAGCUGAACUGGAUGGCACGACCAACCAGGUGGUACUGCCGCAGAAAAUCUCCAGCCGAGGAAAUGCCGUCAACCAGCAGAGCUCAGUCAGGUUACUGGAGCUGGGCCCACGGAUGACACUGAAGCUCGUGAAGAUAGAAGAGGGACUUAUGCAAGGGGAAGUUAUGUACCACGCUUUUGUUUCGAAAUCCAAGGAAGAGGUUCAGGAACUGAGGUUGAAGAAAGCAAAGAAGAGAAAGCUCAAAGAAAAACGCAGAAGGGAGCAAGAAGAAAAUCGCAAGAAAAAGGAAGCAGCCAAAAGUAAAGACGAUGGCACAGCAGAUGAAGCGGAAGGAGCAGCCAGUGGGGAUGAAGCAGACGACGACCGAGAGUGGUACAGAUUAGAAGUUGGGGAAGAACCAGAUGAAGACCUGAUGUCUAGCAAGAAAACAAAGCGGAAGGCAGAGGGAAGCAGCAACGAGCGAUCCCCAAAGAAACCUCGGCCUAAUCCAGCCACUGGUGCAAAGAGGUCAGUGAAGAAAGGCAAUGCGGAUGAGGAAGAUGGCAGCAAGAAACGUUCCUCAGCUCAGCUGUCAGACUUUGACAAGCUGAUGCAACGCAGAAAGAAAAAGAAGAAGCUGAAAGAAAAAACUAAGCAGCAGAGGCUAAUAACCAGUAAGGUUGCGCGGCUUCGAGCUGCACAGAACCAGAAACCCAUGUUCAACAAAAACAAACGCCGCAGAAACAAAUAGCGGCGUUAUGUGAGAUAAAUAAAUGAGGAGACUAA